CGUACAAUUACAGACGCCUUAAUUCUCCUCCUCCUCCUCCUACUACGUAUUACAACUACUACUUCUGGGAACUUCCUUUAGAUUUUCAAGAAAAAAGGUGUGAAUUGCUUUUGAGGUUUGCAUUUAUGAGCAUCAUGCAUACUCUAUUUUCCAAAGGAAAUGAAGAGAUUGCUGAGAAUCCUGUUGCAACAUUGUCCACUACUGUUCCUUGUUGGAGUAAUGGCCUUGUCUCUCAAUCUGACCCUUUUGGCCAAUUGAAAUCUGCAUCUGUGGAACACUCUGAGUUGCCAAAGGGGAAUGCAACUGAGUUCACUAUUUUCUCUGUAUCUCCUUCAGGUGAUUGGAAAUCUUCCGGAUAUGGGCAAAACCAAUCAAACAUUCAGGCUGCUGCUACCUCAGCUAAUAUGGACUAUCGAUGUCACUUUGAGCUAGGGUUUGGUCAGUCCCUGAUUUCUGCAAAAUAUCCUUACGGAGGAGAGCAAUCCGUCGGGUUAUUUUCAGCUUAUGGUCCUCAACUUUCGGUACUGCUUCUUUCUCAUAGCACCAGUUUCCAAUCACUAGAGUUAUAUGAUGGUUUGGGCCGUGUUAUGCUGCCAUUGAAUUUGGCCUCUGAUGAAGGCCCGAUAUUCGUAAACGCCAAGCAGUAUCAUGGGAUACUGAGGCGUCGAAAGUCCCGGGCUAAGGAAAUGGAGAAGAAAGCUCUUAAACCACGCAAGCCAUACUUGCACCUCUCUCGCCAUCUCCAUGCAAUGCGCCGACCUAGGGGCUGUGGUGGUCGCUUCUUGAACACAAGGAAAAUGAAUGGAAUUAUGAAGGGUGGAAAAACCAACGAUACAGUUAAGACUGGUGACGUUCACAGUUUUUACUCCACUGGAUCCCAGAAUUCUGAAGUGCUGCAGUCUGAUAGUAGCAAUUUAAGCUCACCUAAAGAAACAACUGGCAGCAGGUUCUGCCAUUCGUCAGAGGUCACUAACAUGUACUCUAGGGGAAAUCUUGAUCCUUUUCUGUUUCAGGACCUGAGACCUUCGGUCCAGGCAAUACCUGACAUGAUGAAUACUGGACAUGGUAUUCUCAUGGCCGGUAAGUGGGUUUCAGCAGCAGAUAGCUGCUGCAACCUCAAAGUUUGAUAGCCUUGGCUGAGAACGGGGUUAGGUGUCACUAGUUGUGCCUGACCUCGUCCUUGCUGCAACCUAAUGCAAAUGCGUUGGAAUUUGAUCUUACCAGCAUUUGGUUGCUUGAAGGCAGUCAUCCUUGGCUAUCAAUGGGGCAGUUCAUCCUUGGCUAGCGUUAAGGCUGCCUCUUAUCAUUCUAUUGCUAUCGAGCAACAUGGAUGGUAAGAGGCGCUCCUUAAUGCACUUUAAUUUUCAGCACUUGUAGGAUAAAUAAACAUAUUCUGGAUAAGAUGAUGAAGACCCUGUCAAUCGGGGCUGUGAUGUUGGCAUGUUGCAGUGUGUUUGGAUUACAGUUGUGAUGUUUGUUUGUGAAAAUACAGUGAUGUAUGAUUGAGCUUGAUCCAGAUAAUGUGCAAAUUGGUGUGUUUUCAGACUGGGACAAGUUAAAUGUUUAUACUAUAUUUUAUA